UAUGUACCUACCUACAUAUUAAGAAUUUAGAAAAUGAGCGAUAAUGUGCAGAACUGUUGCCGCAUCUGCUUAGACAUAGAGUCCAGGCAUGUGUCGAUACUAGAGGACUCUAUAAACCUGCAUAUAAAAUCGUGUCUUCCUAUAAAUAUUUCUGCAAACGAUGAUCUUCCUAAAGGCAUUUGUGAGUCCUGUGUGGCUCAGUUGAAUGAGUUUUAUAAUUUCCAAUUGAACGCCCGCUGUUCGCAAGAUUGGUUGGAAUCAGCUUUACAAGAAAAGUCCAAAAAAUCUGUAGAAACCAAAACGCAGGUCCAACCUCUUCCAGACUCAGAGUACAACUCUGACUCACUGCUAGAGUUUCUCAAUAACACGGAAAAUAUUGAGGAAUAUUUGAAUAACUUGGGUAAAGAAGACAUUCCAUCUAUAGUAAAUAUGCUAGACAGAACUGAAGGUGCAGACUCAACUAAACUUAUUAAUGGCAAAACCAUCAAACUACCAAGCCCUAAAAAGAAAGAAUCACCAAAUAAAUCCCAAACAACAAAAAUGGACAUUGAUAUUUUAGACGCAGAUAUAAAAAUAUUUAAGGAAAUAAUGAAGAGAUCAAUACCAAAAAAUGAAAUUAAAAGUGUAGAAAAACUGUCUUGUUUCGCUUGCAAGACUAAAUUGGAUACAAUACAAAAGUUGUCGCAUCAUUUGAGUAUUUGUGAUAAUGCGUUAAGGACUUGUGUGUACUGUAACAUAUUGUUUGAUUCUAAACAAAAAAUGAGAGAACAUACAUUGACUCACUCUGUGGUAACACCUUUAACUUGCCACUGUGGUAAAAGGUUUGAUAGUAAAGAGAAGCUGUUGAAGCAUUGUAAGAACUGUGAGAUUGAUCAUAUAGCAUCUAUGGGCUUUGUCUAUUCAUGUAAGCAGUGUGGGGAGACUUUUAAUGAAAGGUUCCAACUGUAUAAGCAUGCUAAAGGACACAUCAAGAAGUCAGAGGAAAGAAUUUGUGACAUAUGUGGUCACACAUUCAUUGGAGAGGAAGCUUUAGCUAAACAUAGGAAAGAAGAUCAUGAUAAGAUGGAUAAUUUAUUAUACAGAUGUAAAGUGUGUAGUUUCACGUCACAGGAUCGCAAGAAAAUAUUCUGCCAUGUCCAAAAACACACGCAGGCAAAGGAAUCCAUUAGACAUCUGUGCGAAUCUUGUGGACGCAGUUUCGCCAACCAAUCAACUCUGAGGAACCAUUCGCUCCAACAUGCGCCAAAGUGCUUCAAGUGCCAUAUUUGUCACAAAGGAUUUACGGACGUGAAAAUGAAGGAUGAUCAUGUGUUGGAACACAUUGAAAUGGUCAUGUGUGAAAAGUGUGGCCAAUCUGUUGACAGUUAUAAGUUGCCUGAGCAUAUUUGUCAAGAUUGCUGAUAAA